AUGACUAGCACACGGAAGACUGGCCUCCGCGGCCUGUUUUGGCUGUUGCUCUUGUCACCGUCAACGGCAUUUUAUAUCCCUGGUUGGUCGAUCAAGAGCUACAAGGACGGCGAACUGGUGCCUCUGAUGGUCAACAAGGUCUAUUCUGACAACACGCAGCUGCAAUAUGCGUACAACGACUUACCAUUUACCUGUUCUCCGACAGGGGACCACAAGGCUGGCGGCGGUUUACUGAGCGGCCAGAGCGUGCCUUUGAAUCUGGGAGAGGUGCUGCGUGGCGACCGCAUCAUUACAUCCGACAUGGAACUUGCCAUGGCGAAGGAUACGCCGUGUACAUUGCUCUGUAAUAAGGAAAUGUCACGCCGUGAUAUGCGCUGGUCGAAGGAGCUGAUCCGAGAUGGAUACGUCGCCGAAUGGAUCGUGGACAACCUUCCCGGCGCAACCAGCUUCGUCACUGCCGACAAGACGCGCAAGUAUUACGCUUCUGGUUUCAAGCUGGGGUAUACCGAGGCCUCAACAAAGACGGGCAAGCUUCACUACUAUCUUAACAACCACCACACAAUUGUCAUUAAGUACCGCAGAGCAUCAGGUCGAGCUGGCGAUCGUGGCGAGAAGGUUGUUGUGGGGUUUGAAGUUUAUCCCAAGAGUGUUGGAAACGGAAACAAAAAGGAUAGUGUGGGAUGUCCCGCAGAUAUUCAGAAUGUCGACGAGCCCUUUGAGUUAUACAUCGCUCCUAACAGGACGUCUGACGCGUCAUUGAAAUAUGAUGGCCUAUCAUACCGCCCUAAUGAAUUAGAAGACGAUGACAGCAGCCCCGGUUCUCUGAAUAUCCCUUAUACCUAUUCUGUCUAUUUUCGCGAGGAUGAUAGCAUCGAAUGGGCUCACCGCUGGGAUCUCUACUUUGUGAACCAGGAAGAUGGCACACGUAUUCACUGGAUGGCUAUCAUCAACUCGCUCAUUAUCUGUGGGCUGCUGACGGGAAUUGUCAUGAUCAUCCUCGCCAGGACUAUCCAUUCCGAUAUCAACAAGGGUAUCUCAGCGGAAGAAGGAAAGGCCAAGGCCAAGAGAGCGGCCAAGCCUAAGGGAGAGAAAACCUCGGGUUUGCUGAGUCAGGGAACAGAUGCCGACAAAGAUGACGAUGAUGACCUAUCGGAUGAGGGCGAGGCCCUGGAAGAGGCUACCGGUUGGAAGCUGCUUCAUGGAGAUGUGUUUCGGAAGCCACGGCUUGGAAUCCUCCUAGCACCUCUUGUUGGGUCCGGUAUGCAGCUCUUCUUCAUGGCCAUGGGGUUAGUUUCGCUCGGUGCUUUAGGCGUCUUGAAUCCAAGCUUCCGAGGCGGUUUCAUCAGCGUUGGAGUGGGCCUGUUUAUCUUUGCAGGACUCUUCUCUGGCUACUUUUCUGCCCGCGUCUUCAAGAGCUUCGAUGGAGCCGACUAUCGUGCAAACGCACUUGUUACAGCAUUACUGUUUCCUGGCCUCACAUUUGGGCUUGUCUUUAUCCUCAACCUCUUUGUAUGGGCUCAGGCAUCAAGCACUGCAAUACCGUUCGGCACACUUGUAGCCAUUCUGCUUCUCUGGCUCUGUGUGCAGGUGCCGCUCGUGUAUGCGGGAUCUCACCAUGGCUUUCACAAGGCCGGUGCUUGGGAGCAUCCGACCAAGACGACAACGAUCCCUCGGCAGGUUCCUCGGCAAGCCUGGUACAGUAAAUCAAUCCAGGCAGUCCUUUUGGCAGGAUUGAUUCCUUUUGCUGUCAUCUUUAUCGAAUUGUUGUUUGUGUUCCAAUCCAUAUGGCAGGACAAAAGCGGCUACUACUAUGUUUUUGGAUUCUUAGCGGUGGUAUCGGCCAUUCUAGUUGUUACUAUUGCGGAGGUGACCAUUGUGACCAUCUACGCCCAGCUCUGCGCGGAAAACUACCACUGGUGGUGGCAGUCAUUCUUCGUUGGAGGCGCAAGCGCAUUUUGGGUCUUUCUUUAUUCCCUCUGGUACUAUUUCUUCAAGCUGCAUAUCAGCGGCUUCGUGAGCAGCAUGCUGUUUUUUGCCUACAGUUUUAUGGCGUGCUGUGUGUAUGGACUAUUGACGGGUACCAUUGGAUUCUUGAGCGCAUAUGCGUUUGUGCGAAGGAUAUACAGUGCAAUCAAAGUAGACUGA